AUGGUCGAGAAAUUAUUAGCUCUAUUGCUGGUUCUCGGAUGCUCACCCAUCAUCGGCUCGUCCCACUUGCAAUUGCAAAACAAGGCCAUCAAUAAUAGAGAGUACUGUCGAUCGACAUUAAACACCAAGGCUGCUCUGAGCAUCUACGAUGCAGAUGUUGAGGCAUGCACGAAUCUCGCAGACAUCACGAUCUAUAUGACACAAUGGAACGAGGAAGACAUCAAUCGGAUAUUGUCGAAAAUCGAAUAUUUAUAUAAUGUCAGUUUGUAUAUCGAAGACACGACGGCGGUGAAGAUCGAUUUGUCGUCGCUGAAGGAGAUGAAUCUGGUGUAUUUGGUUGUCUCGCACAAUCCGACAUUGAAGGAGAUCAGUAUUCCCGAGAGCGCAUUCACAGAAAUACUCAAUUAUAAGCUUUUACUCUACGACAAUCCGUCAUUGGACGAUGAGACUCUAAAGAAAUUCAAUGAAUAUUGCGGAAAUAAUUGCGGAAACGCGAAACAGCGUGACGUCAUCGUGAAUCCCUACCCCGAAACGCAGGGUCGAGUCAAUUCGAGUUGGUGUGAAUUUACGACGGCUAGCCUGGAGCUAUCGACCUACUACAAACCGGAUCCCGAGAUUAUCAAUUGUCUGCAUUUCUAUCGCGUCAAAAUCUACAUGACCGGCUGGCCUGUUGAAGACGUUGAACUGUUCACGAAGAAGUUCCUGGCGGCUAGUCUGGUGACAAUCAUCGUUGCCCAUUCGGAGAUCGAGGUGCUCGAUUUGAGCGCGCUGAAAUUCACCGAAGUGUUCGAACUAAUCCUCCUCGAUAAUCUGAAAUUAAAAGAAGUUCGAUUUUCCGACGUUGUGAUGAAUACGAGAAAGUUCCUCGAUGCUACAGCAAUCCAUUCGUUCAAUAAUCCGCAAUUGACCAAUCAAUCAUACGAGACGCUUGUAAAGGUGUGUCACAGAAAAUGCGACAUUGAGAAACCUGAUUUCUCAGCGACAACAAUGGCGCCAACAACAACACCAACUGAACCGCCAAUGGCAACGACGGAAUCGAUGAAUGACACCAUAGUCGAGGUGGAUGUUGCGAGUCCGACGGAACCAGCGGUGACGCCCGACGAGCCAUUCGCCUUAACAAACGAGACGAUGAAUUCGGCGGAGAAUGAGCUUCCGACGAACGAUACUGAUACUAUUGUGACGGAGAAUCCAACAACCGUGAAACUACCGGCAAACACUGAUGGCUUUAAGGAGGCGACAAAUCCGGCAACAGAAAAGGUUUCGGUGAAUCCGACGACGGAAAAGGUUCCGGCGAAUCCGACAACGGAGGAAAUGGACUAUAAUGACGCGUCGAACGCGAUUCUUCAACUUCCAGUAUUCUUACUAGCAGCUCUUUAUUUGUAG